GAAAGCGAAGAAAGAGAGACAGACAGAGAGGCUGAAAGAAGAAAAAACGCCUAACCUACAAACCACGGAACAGGUACGUCGGGCACAGCGGCAGCUACCAGCUUUCAGUAGGUUUGCUACAGCGACUCCAGCAGGACGCAUUCGCACAGCUCGUUCGGUACUGCGCAAGCGGACAGUACCACGCAGUAGUAUCACGCAGGGAUCGCGCGAACUAAGACUUGUUUUUUUUUAAGUGCGAGCAGGGGAUUUAAAAAAUAAAUAAAUUGGGUCCCGGAACACCCCGAAGUGCGAAGUGUGUCGUCCCAGACAUUCCAAGGACAUUGCUUGGAUGUCACCGGUCAAGUAACUUUCUUUUCCUGAAGUAUCCCGUUGUGGUUAGUGGUGUGAACUCGAGCCUUUGGAAAGUGAUAGUGGGGACCAGGAUCACGAGCGUCCUGCCGUGAGCGUGAGUGUGAUCCUCACACGUACACUCACAGCCCCACACACACACACACAGUGUUAUUAGUGUCAGUGUCAGAAUUUGUUGUAUGCAAAUUUGAAAAGCUGAGCUGCGACUUGGUGGUGUUACCAGCUAGUGCAUGUGGGUUACCGGAAGAAGCGAAGAGUGCAGAAGUGCAUAAGAGUGUGUUUGUGUGUGAUUGAGCAGCGGAAUUCGCUACUAGUUGGUCAAGUGUCAAGGGUGGAGUGUGUUAUGCUACAGGUGUGCCAGUUUAACCACGUACAGUCCCAGUGGAGUUCCCAACGUCGAGCCUAACCCAACGAACAGACGGGACUGCUUUUGCACAGGGCCAGCGGGGGUCCGACGGCUAACGGCUCAAUAUCUCUACAACCAACUGACUUCAACAUCAACCAACCAAUUCUUAACAAGCAACGCACCCUAGGUGAAGGCAUCAGGGGCGAUCUGUUUUUUUGUCGUAGAGUCUAAAGAUCCUGCAAACGAAGCCGUACUGUUGCUGUCGGUAACCUCAAAGGAUCCCAGAGAUCCUCCAAAAAAACCCCUUUCCCCGACGAGGACCCCGUCCCAACGGACAGACGACACAAAAAUGCUUCGUUGCCAGCAGCGAAGGUGCCCCGGGCAGAUGGUGCUACUACUGCUCAGUUGCAUCUUGCUUUCCUGCACAUACGCCGAUGAAGAGGAAAACUUCACAUCGGCCAGCCUGGUGGCCGGGACCGGACCGGUCGCAUCGUCCAAGGGCUGCCCCUUCCCGGGCGUACCGGCCCACGGGAGCGUCAUCUUCUCCGACGACUCGCUCGCCAACAACACGGUGGCCACGUACUACUGCGAGCGGGGCUUCGAGCUGCUCGGACCGUCCCGGCGCGCCUGCAUCGACAGCCAGUGGAUCCCGGAGGGUAUUCCAUUCUGCGUGCUAAACGUAGCGGCGGGUAAGGCGCCGAUGCAGAUCUCGACCGAGGCGUCGGGCAUUCCACAGAAAGCUAUCGACGGCUCGACGUCCGCCUUCUUCUCGCCGGACACCUGCUCACUGACGAAGCCGGAGCGCGUCCCAUGGUGGUACGUCAACCUGCUGGAACCGUACAUGGUGCAGCUGGUGCGACUGGACUUUGGCAAGUCUUGCUGCGGUAAGGGCAAGCCCGCCACCAUCGUCGUGCGCGUCGGCAACAAUCGGCCCGAUCUGGGCACGAACCCGAUCUGCAACCGGUUCACCGGUUCGCUCGAGGAAGGCCAGCCCCUAUUUCUGCCCUGCAACCCGCCGAUGCCGGGCGCAUUCGUGUCCGUCCACCUCGAGACGAACGCACCGAGCCAGCUGUCCAUCUGCGAGGCGUUCGUGUACACCGACCAGGCGCUACCGAUCGAGCGGUGCCCCGCCUUCCGCGACCAGCCGCCCGGUGCGUCCGCGUCGUACAACGGCAAGUGUUACAUCUUCUACAGCCGCCAGCCGGCCACGCUGCGGGACGCGCUCGCUUUCUGUCGAGCGCGCGGCGGCACCCUGAUCAACGAGAGCAACCCGGCCCUGCAGGGCUUCAUCAGCUGGGAGCUGUGGAGACGGCACCGCAGCGACACCUCGUCCCAGUACUGGAUGGGAGCGGUGCGAGACGCCCAGGACCGCAACACCUGGAAGUGGAUCGGCGGCGAGGAGGUGUCGGUAUCGUUCUGGAAUCUGCCCGGCGGUGACGAGGACUGCGCGCGGUACGACGGCUCCAAGGGAUGGCUCUGGAGCGACACCAACUGCAACACGCAGCUCAACUUCAUCUGUCAACAUCAGCCGAAGGCUUGUGGACGUCCUGAACAGCCGCCGAACUCGACGAUGAUUGCGCCGAAAGGGUUCGAUGUCGGUGCGGUGGUCGAGUACAGCUGCGACGAGGGUCAUCUGCUGGUUGGUCCGAAGCAGCGCACCUGUCUGGAGACUGGCUUCUACAACGAGUUCCCGCCUGUAUGCAAAUACAUUGAGUGUGGACUGCCCGCCUCUAUACCGCACGGAUACUACGACCUCGUCAACGGCACGGUCGGCUACCUCAGCACAGUCAUGUACCGGUGCGCCGAGGGCUACGAGAUGGUUGGUCGCGCCGUUCUAAUCUGCGACAUCGACGAGCGCUGGAAUGGACCGCCACCACGCUGCGAGCUGAUCGAGUGCGACCCACUGCCGACCCUCUUCCCGAACGGUGUGAUCGUGUCCACCAACCAGACGGUGUACGGUACGCGCGCCGAGGUCCACUGCAACCGUGGCUUCGUCCCAGACGGCGAACCCGAGACCGUCUGUACUGCGUCGGGCCAGUGGAGCCACCCACUGCCCAAGUGCGUCCCGGACCAGAGCGCCGGCCCAGUGACGGUCCGACCGAGUGCCGUGUCCACCACACCGGCCUCUUCCCGUGCACCCCCGGUGCUGAUCGUAUCACCUACCACACCCGCCUCGAUCGGUGGCAUUCCUUCGCGCGCACGGCAGCCUACCGGAGGGCGACGACCGGGCAGCACGGUGCGCUAUCCGACCCAGGCCCCACCGGCGAGCAGCACCGUCUCGGCGGCCGAGUCGACCACCGCGUCGAUCGUGAACAACAUGGCCGGCCCGACGACGGCACAGCCGAGCCGCACGACCAGCACCACCGAGUCGCCGCUUUUCAGCAUCGAGAUCGAUGACGAAGUGCGCCCGGGAUCGAUGGGCGAGGAAGCGGGACGCCCGUACCGGCCGCAGCAACCGUCCGUCGUGAUACUGUCCAAGGAGCCAGGAUCGUCCUCCACCUCCUCCUCCUCCUCCUCCUCCUCCUCCUCCUCUUCCGCCUCGAAACCUGCCUCUCCCAAGCCCGCCGUCUACGAACCGAGCAGCCCGCCGGCAGUGGUAAGCGUAACGCCACAGGUGCAGACGCACCGACCACAGGUAACUGGCACGACCGGGCGUCGUCCGAGCACGACCACGACGACGCGCGGCCGCCAUCCAGCUCACGAGCAGGACAUCCUGCUGUCGCACCACCCGCAGGACAACGAGAUCCCCGGCAGCGUCAACAUCCGGCAGGACCAGUCGCCCAAGGUGAACGUACCGUUCGCGGUGAACAACGUGGACGAUCUGGUGCCGGCGGACGGCAGCAGCGGCAGCAAUGGCGGCACCGACGGGCUCAUCACCAGCUUUGGCGGUGCGGGUGGCAGCAGUGGCGCAGGAGGACUGGGCGGUGCGGGCGGUUCGGCAGCCGGCGAUCGGAAGGAGUCGAAGAACGCGAAGCUGAACCUGGGCGCGAUCGUGGCGCUCGGUGCGUUCGGUGGGUUCGUCUUCCUGGCCGCCGUCAUCACGACCAUCGUGAUCGUCGUACGAAGGAAUCGCACCUCCAACCAGCACUAUCGGCACCGGGCCUCGCCGGACUGCAACACGGUUGCGUCCUUCUCCAGCUCGAGCUCCGAGUCGCGCAACGGCCUCAACCGCUACUACCGGCAGGCGUGGGAGAAUCUGCACGAGUCCGCCUCCAAAAGCCACAACAACCAUUCCGGGCUGAAGCGCAAGGAAACGAUGGACGCACCGGUGAACCGGUCCCGGUCGCGGGAAAACCUCGACGUCAGCCGGCCGCGCGAUCUGGACAGAUCCCGGGAGAACCUGUCGUCGGCCCGGAGCCGCGACUACGGUCGGGACAGUAUGGCGCUGCGCGACGGCUCCGAGAUGGUCGUGUCGGACGUGUGCGUGAAGGGCGAGAAGAAGCGGCACCAUCACCAUCACCACAAGAGCAGCCACCGGAACGAUUUCCGCGAGCCGAACAUCCUCGGCAGCGGCAAUGGACGGCGCGAGCAUCGCCAUUACUGACGCGGUAGAAUGAUCAUCACCAUCCGGAUCGAUGGCAGUGCGCAGCGCCGCCACGAUGCCGAAAGUCUCAGGACGAUUCGCGAUAUCUAGGAGGAUGUAUGAUGGAGGAGGGGGUGAUGGUGGCGGAGGGGGUGGGGUCAGGCAGGCAAAGCAAUAUCGGGUUGCGGGAGGUGUUUUUGUUUAUGUUUUUUUUUAAGUUGACUUCGCUGUGGCGACGAAGCGAAUGGGUAUUAUUUUCUCAUUCCCAAACCAGUUAGAACGUAGAACCGGUGACGCUGAGCCAAGCUCCAGCAAAGGAAUGCAAUGGGAAGGGGGAAUGAUGGGGAGGGGGGGGGGCAAGAAAGAGACACGACGGAAAGGUAGAAGCAAGCGAGUAUUAGCCAAGGAUAGUGAAAGGGGGGCUUGACACAUAACCACAACUUUUGUUUUGUUCUAUUUUAAGUAAGCGUAUAACAGCGUAUAACAAUCGGUUACUAGGAGCUACUACCACAGUCAACAUUAAUUACUAAGGUUGUCUCCGAACGUGUUUGGACACUAUGCUGUUUCCCCCCCUUCCCAAACAACACCACACACUUGUUUGGUUUGGUUGUUUUUUUAGAGCGUGUACGUAGAGGACGUAGAGCGACAACAGUGUAGCACGUGUUUGGGGGCACUAAUGGUGUGCGUGUGUACUAACCAGAGUCCAGAGUGUGGUUAAGUGGACCAGCGGAGCCCGCUUGUCGAACUUGUAGUUAGUGUUAGCGCUGUCAUUCGUUAUUUUUACACGGUGGAUGGUAAAAAACAAAAAAACAAAACAAUGGCGGCGGCGGCAGCGAUAUAACGAAACAGCGCUGCACGCCAGUAUCAGAGCGUUAUCUUGUAAUUAAACAACAACCUAGUAUCACGAAUUUAUCGGAUAACUGUAGUAGAGCUAUUGUAUAUGAAAGAUAGUAUUUUUCAACAUCCCUCCCCCCGAUCCUUCCUUUCUCCUUCAUUUGUUUUGUUGCUUAUCCUGUUCCUUAAACGUAACUGAUUGAAGCCAUUUUGACCACGCCUAGUGUAGUAGACGGGCGUUUACUGACUCCCUAGACGCGGUUGACAUGCUUUCCAUCAAUCUGUUGAUAAACAAAAGCGCUCCUAUUUUGUUAGAACAAUGUACUGCUCCCCCCGUUCCUAUCGGUCCAUCCUAUCUCUCUCUGUGUCUGUAUCCUCCAAUAUCUGUAUGUAAAUACACUACACGCUGACUACCAACAACAACCAUUCAUCUCAACUCCAACGCAACCACGUCUUGUUCUGUCACACCCCGCAACCUCAAUGCAUGUCUGCACGCCGGCAUGCACUUUAAAAGGAUUUAAUCGCAUUUUAAGCAUUAUAAGCAAAAACACAAAACCAAUUGAAACGCGGCUCAGAAGGCAAGGGCAAUGGCAACAGUCACGCAAGCGCAUCAACAACGAGGCGAACCGUUGCAAUCCGAGAGCUCAACUAGGCGGGUCGAAAGCCGAAAGACAAUUACAAUUUACGUGGCAAUAUGAUGUUCUAGUUAACCUAUUUUUAGUACCAGGUUUAGACGAAAAGGCGAGACAGUAGUAAGGGCUAGAUUAGUAGAGGGAGUUUGUUCUAAUGUUUGCAAUAAUCGUAGCGAGCCACAUUCGCAAGCGUACGGCGCGGGUAAGCGCGAUCGGACAGUGUGGCCGCGAACGUUUGCUUCAGAAUUUAGUCGAAAUAUAUUCGUGGGGAGGGAAAUGGAAGCGCAACGUUCGCGUUACUGCUGUUGGUAGAUGUAGGAUUAUUUUCUUUGCUAAAGAGAAAACGUUUGAUUUUGUUAUACCGUACUCGAUUCCGUAGCGCCGGUGGGGAAAAGUGUGUUAUUUUUACAAAUAAACAUUAUCAAUGUUGCUAUACUA